AUGAUAUAUUUCCUCGUUGGAAUCAGCAUUUAAUGUUUUCGGUUACAACUUUGGAAGAUACAUUAAAAUUAUCAGUAUUUCAGUAUGAUAAAUAUACACAGGAUGAAUAUUUGGGAAAAGCUGAAAUAAAAUUGAGUUUUCUUGAGCAUUAUGGAGAUAACGAAACUGACAAACUUAUCUAUCAAUUAAAAGAUGUAGCACCGGACAAGCCUUUUGGUUCUAUAUCUGUAUACUUAAGUUAUAAAGCAAUAUAA